UAAAAGUAUACGAUUAAAUUGAAAUGGAGGGAAUAAAAAGUAUCCUAAGGGCUGAGACUCCAAACACCUUCUCUGAUCUCUACCGCGAAUUUUUGACUUCCACGAACCAGGAAGAAUGGUUUUCCUUUGCUGGAAUCGUCCAUCUUUAAAAGAUCAAAAGGCUUGCUUGGAGAAGACCGAUUCCUUUAAUUAUGAUUAUGAAUGUAAAGGAGUUACUGAGAGGUCAGUAUCUUCUCUUCAGAAAGAUAAGGAGUUAUCAGAUAAGGGUUUUUUACUCAAUCAUGCUCGUGUUCAAAUUGGAUCUGGUCAAGAUACAUACGAGAAAGGAAAAAAUGCACUUCAGAAUUGGAGGCAUUUCCAGAUGAACUGGACAUUCGUUGAAGGUACUACUCCGAUCAAAAGUGGAGUAAAAUUUUGUGUUUGUGUCAAGGAGUUCCUGCCGUGGUUAAUGAUGCCACUUCAGGUGGUGUAUGUAAAAGAGAACAAGAGUUCUGGGAAAAUGAAAGCCUCUUUUAGCUUCGGUAGUGGCACCCUUCAAGGUCACCUACUGGCUGGGGAAGAACGUUUUUCGGUUGAACUGGAUGACAAUAAUCAAGUGUGGUACGAAAUACUCUCGUUUUCAAAGCCUGCACAUUUUCUCUCGUUUAUGGGCUAUCCUUAUGUACAGCUUAGGCAGCGGUUCUUUGCGAAGGAGUCUACAAAUGCUCUUAUAAAACAUGUAUCCACUUGACUUAUACUAGAUGCAAUUGUGUCAAAUGAAAAUUCUGUAUUUGAGAAAAAUUUCAUUUGCAUUCUACUUAAUCAUUUGCAAUUGAUCAAUUUGAUGAUAUGUAUGUUGGAACAAAAUCACGGUGUAUAUCACGAUUGCAAUAGCCAGUAUGGUAGAUUUCUAUGAA